GUCUGAGAAGGUCUCCAUGCCCUUAAAAGAAGGUGGAUUUUCUGCUGAGCCACCCGAGAAGCCCUUUUAUACCUCCUUACUCAGCCAGCUGCCUGCGGCUCGCCAGUCCGUCCUGUCCAGCCAGCGGGACUUUCUGAUUUUCUCGUCCAGACUUGGGCUCACAACCAUCUAAAGCAAGAUGUCUGAGUAAGUUCCCAUUUUUUCUGACUCUAAUCUGUUGUUGGCAUUUAAAAACUUUUGUUCAACAGCCAAAUUUUUGUGUGUAUUAAGAUUCCUCUGCUUGUUUCCAAUUUAGAUGCUAACUGCCUUUUUCUCCCCUUUCCCCUUUCUCUUCUUUCCCUUCCUUGUCCAUUUGCUCUUCCUGAACAGUGAAGAGGUAAGUGUGUCUUGCUGGGGUUUUUCCUUUAGCGAUGCUCAUGGCAUCAGUCCUGGCUUCACCAUUCCUCCUUAUGAAGAGCAGCUGCUGGGUGUGGGGAAGGGUGGUUAAUGGCAGGGCUUGCUUGCUGACUCCUGGAAAAGAUGGGAAGGAGAAGAAAAAUCCCUUUUGAAGGUCUUUACUACUUCCUGGCUUGGAGUUAGAUGCUUUUUCCCCUCCUUUUCCUGCUUCCCCAGCUAGCCACGAGAUGGUGCUGGGAAGGCAGUGGUCCAGAGUCGCCUUUCCUCCAUCACCCAUUCACCACCCAGUCUUUGGCUUACCAUCCUCUCCCUCUUCCCCUGCCUAGCCCCAUGUUUUCUGCCCACUGAGGGCUGCCAAAUCAUUUCUCAAAGGCGAUUCAGUGAGACCUAGGUCCAGGGGAGCACGAGCAGGAGGAAGGUUGCAUCCUUAGCGAGUUCUCCCUGGUUUCUGACAGGGCCAGAGCAGGACUGGGCUCAAAGCCUGGGGGUGGCUGGGGAAACACAGGAGAAAGCAUGGGAUAGUUGUGUGUGGCUUUGUCACUCCAUAUCGCCUCUUAGCAGGUUGCUCCAUUCUUCAUCUCUGCUUGGCAUCUCCUCAUAUGUCCAGAACACCACAACUUCAAGCUUAUCCUCACUGAAAGAAAAAAGGAUUUCAGGGACACACAGAAACUCUACAAUAUGGUGCUGGUGUCCAACAAGUGCUUUUAUUCCCAUCAAAGCCAGUGCCUCUGGAAAAGGCUGGGAGGGCACUUUUUGCUGCAGUACCAGUUUUCAGAUAAAGAAUAAGCCCUGGCCUAACAAUGCUCAAGGGAUCUGCUCUGUUGUGGACCAUGCCCAGAUUCAUAUGAGCAAAAUCAUCCCAGUUAAUGGUGUACUGCAUCCCUGAGCUGGAUGCCUUUUCUCUGCAGAGCCUUCCGGCCCUGUCAGGAGGGCCUUAGCACCAUUUGCAUAUGCAAAACAUCAGAUUUUGUUACAUUUCACUCUGUAGGUCCUUGUCCACUUCCUCCUCUAUGCAACACAGACUCACACCCAGAUGCUGCUUUCUACUCUUCCACCACAGCGUAUCAGAUGUCAGGGUACACUUCCCCUGCCUCAACCACAGUCAGCCUUGCUGGGUCUUCUGGACAAAAUGUUGAGGAAACAGCUGCAAUGCAGUGGCACAUCAAGGUUAUGACUUCUUUUACAAAUAGGAGACCUGUUGCUGCUGCUGCUCCAGCACAUCAUGGGUACAGAAGGGCUGGCUUGGUCUUCCAGGCUCCCCAAAUUAUUUCUCACCUGGGACCCCAGGAAAGAGGGAACUGGCUUGCGUCUUGCAGCCACAGCCUUGUGGCCCUCCACCUCUCCUGGCCAGAGCAGCCUCCAGGCCUGCAGAUCUUGUUGUUGUGUCUGUCCUCCAGUUGUGAUGAACGUUCAGCAUCACCUGUGCUGGGCUUUUCGGCUCCAAGAAAUUACACAGCCUUCGUGUUUUCACCUGCCUGGCCAUCAUUCUCACCAGGUGUGCCAUGGGCUGUUCAGAAAGACAUCCCACAGCUCUCGAGUGCUGUCAGGCCUGUUGGCCUGAGUGCAAAGCAAAACACGUAUCUGCAUGAAGAGGGAAUUAAUGAAAAGGUUAAAAGUACCAAGAAGCCAAGUUUGAAAUUAUAUUUUAUAUGCAUAUCUUCAAGUUCAUCAUCCUCAUUAUCUUUUCUGGAGGAACUUCGUAGGUUUUAGCUACCUCAGGUUAGCAAAGCUGGGUUCAGUAGGAACCCUCUUAUUUGAGUGAUGCUGUUUUGGAGACCAGCUGUGUCUUAACCCAUCCAUCCCAGCUGGAGCCAGCUCCCUGGCAGGGCUGCAGGUCCUUGGCUGACUGUGGGGUUGCAUGGAGAAGGGGAAUGGGCAGGGGAAUAGGCACCCGAUAACCUGUUUUUCUCUUAUUCCUCCCACUUGCAGAAAAAAAGGAGGGCAGCUACUGCCCGUCGGCAGCACCUGAAGAGUGCUAUGCUCCAGCUUGCCGUCUCUGAAAUAGAAAAAGAACAAGCUGCUAAAGAAGUGGAAAAGCAAAACUACCUGGCAGAGCAUUGCCCUCCUCUGUCACUCCCAGGAUCCAUGCAGGAACUUCAGGACCUGUGCAAAAAGCUUCAUGCCAAGAUAGAGUCAGUGGAUGAGGAAAGGUACGACACAGAAGUGAAGCUACAGAAGACUACCAAGGAGCUGGAAGACUUGAGCCAGAAGCUCUUUGACCUGCGGGGCAAAUUCAAGAGGCCACCCCUGCGCAGGGUGCGCAUGUCCGCCGAUGCAAUGCUGCGGGCCCUGCUGGGCUCCAAGCACAAGGUCAACAUGGACCUCCGAGCCAACCUGAAGCAAGUCAAGAAGGAGGACACAGAGAAGGAGAAGGACCUCCGUGAUGUUGGCGACUGGAGGAAGAACAUCGAGGAGAAGUCUGGCAUGGAGGGCAGAAAGAAGAUGUUCGAGGCUGGCGAAUCCUAAGCCCUCAUCUCUCCACACCCAUCCUCCUUCCCCACCUGUCCCUGCCAUCCCCCUCCCAGCUCAGUUUCACCAGCUGGAUGCUGUUCCUCCCUGGUUUUGCAAAGAGCUGCAUCAUAGCAGCAGUGGUGUAAAUAAAGCUUUGGUGGGAGA